CGCCUGCAGCGGGCCUUCCUGCGCGGCCCGCUGGGCGUGCUGCGGCUGCUGCAGCUGCUGGCCGGGGCCGCCUUCUGGAUCACCAUCGCUACCAGCAAGUACCAGGGCCCGGUGCACUUCGCGCUCUUCGUGUCCGUGCUCUUCUGGCUGCUCACCCUGGGGCUCUACUUCAUCACGCUGCUGGGCAAGCAGGAGCUGGUGCCCGUGCUGGGCUCGCGCUGGCUCGUGGUCAACGUGGCGCACGACCUGCUGGCGGCCGCUCUCUACGGGGCCGCGACGGGCAUCAUGAUCGACCAGACGCAGCGUCACAGCUACUGCAACCUCAAGAGCUACCGUCUCCCCUGCGCCUACCAUGCCUUCCUGGCGGCCUCCGUCUGCGGCGGCCUCUGCCUCGGUCUCUACCUGCUCUCGGCACUCUACGGCUGCUGCCGUCGCUACCAGGGCAAGGAGGAGGUGGUGUGAGGCCGCCCGCUCCACCGCGGCCCACAUCGGUGCGGGGGAACCCUCCCGAGCCUUUCCUGCCGCCGCCCCGUGCCAGUGCGCCCCAGCACCCUCUCCCUGCCUGUGUUUCACCGCCCGCGCCCUGGCUCCCCGACCUCGUUCGGUUCCAGUCUAACUGCCACAUCAGCUUCCAGGGACCUGCGCAGCUAUCCGAGGCGCUGACGCACACACCCAGACGGGCCGCCCCAGGCUAAGCCUGGAAGUCCCUUUCCCCGUUCCCUGUCGCGAGCUAGACGUGGACAGGCUGCCGCGUAGAUCCGAGGGACCAAAUUGGAACCAGUCUUUGGGCUGCGCCACUGCCCCCUCCCUCCUGCCCUGCAGUCGGAAGAGCAUCCUUUCCCUGCCCCCUCUUCCAGCCCUGGGGUGGUGUAGAAUGCAGUCAGGCAGCUGCCAGUGGGGCUGGGGACAGGCCUUAGCUGGUGCUGGGAUGGAUGACGUCUUUAGUUAGAGUUUGGAUCUCUCCCUGAGCAGCCCUCGAUCACCGAAAUCUGCGGGUGGAGCCAUCUGCAGGAGUGGUGGAUGGCAAAGGCCGUCUGGCUGUACUUUCCUAAACCACAUCAGUCUUCUCUCCGCCUUUAUUUUGGGGUUCAUUCAGACUGGGCCAAAUGUUCUAACCUCCCUGGCCUCCCAGAAGUCACUCAGCAGCUUCUGCAGCACCCCAGUCUUAAAUAUGUUUGCACUGGGGAAUCCCACGUGACCAACGGCGAUUGUCAAGGUGAUGCCCACCCCUUCGGGGAGCCAGAUCCAACUCCUAAUCUUAAAACUGGUUUUACGAUUAGAACCAUACUCUUUCCUCUGAAGCAGUGGGUUAUAUAGGGAGCCAUUCACGUGCUACCUCCAAAAGAAGGUUUAGAAGGCAAAUGGGUUUGUCAAAGGUGCUGUCUUCCAGUGCAGAUUCACAGUGUUUGUGAGCAUAAUGAGGUCUCUCUGAGAAACCCCCGCAGGUACCAUGCCCAUACAUGCUAACCUAGUUUCCUGACUCACAAGUACGCCUAAGCCAUUCCCAUGUCAAGACACUGAGCUGUCUAGGUCAUUCCCACAGGUUGACCCAGUGAAGGUUGGGAAGCUCCUCUUCCCUGGGAAUUUCUCUCUCAGGGGGUCCACCCAGUGACAAAGGAGCUAGAUGCCCCUUACCAGCCAGACCUGAGAACUGUUGAGUAUUCGUUCACAGUGUUGAAAUAUGAAGCUAAGGAUAUCUAGGUGGCCGUCCAGUCAAAAAGACAGUCGUUUGUGAGGGACCCUGGCCCUGACUCUGAGCAGCUGGUGGGGUGAGCUCUGCCACCAAAUUGAGAGCUGUCUGGACCUGGGGUGGACAGCUGGUACCACCUCUAAGGUAAGGCAUUUUGAGUAACUGGGAAGGGGUGUAGGCCUUUGAGUAGAAAGCAUGGUGGCAUCUCCUCUUCCAAAAUAAAAGUGAUUUUAUUCAGAGAGAGUUGGAGGGACAGUGAUAACCACAAUGGCCCAUAGAUAUGGAAAUCCACUGUUUUUCCUAACUCAGGCUUGGCUCUCUCUGGAAACACAGGACACUGCGUGUUAGAGACUGAGCUCAGUGCUCCUGUUGUUUGGAGGAAGCAUCUGUCACAGAGCCACACCCAGCCCCUGCAGGAGCACUUUCCACUCUGCUGUGGAGGUGUGCGGAUUGUCUGCUGCCGUUAUGAAGGUGGUGGUUGGAGUAUAAAUUGAAGGUAGCACCUACGAUAGCCCUACGUCGUGGGCACACUGCUUGAGUGCACGCAUUCUCUGUAAAAUACUCUGAGAGCAAUACCCAACGUCUCCUUGGUAAUGAGCGAUAGAGGUUGGCUUUGAACCCUGAUGGUUCAGCUUCUUCAGUACCAGGCUAUCUUACGUGCAGUGAGGGUCAAUGCAUAUUUGAUAUGGCUAAUUAUUAUUUUUUUUCUGGGAUAAGGUAUGGUGUGAAAUAGAAUAGAAUAGUGCACUGUAUGUAUGAGGGUCUUGGUUCAGGGCCCGCCCAGCAUCAGAAAUAUUUUUCCUAAAUAGGUAAAAAAAAAAAAAAAGCAUGGCCUAAAAUUUACCCUUGUAACCAGCGUUAAUGCCAGUUUGGUAUCAUCAAGGACAGUCACACAGCACAACCAUCACCACCAUGUAUCUCCAGAACUGUUUUCAUCUUGCAAAACACUAAGAUUAUGGGAGUUUAAGUGAGGCAUGCUCGUACCGGUAAUCCUAGAGUGUUGGAGGUUAUGGAGGGUAGAUUAUGAGUUCAAGGCAGUCUGGGCUACAUAGUGAGUUCCAGGCCAGCCCCAGACACGUAGUAAGACACUAUCCUCCAAAGAAACAAAACAACAAAAAAGUUUGUGGGAGAUAUUUGCUGGGUUUUGUUGUUUGUUUUUUGUUUUCCCCUGCUCUGGGAAAUACCAGAGCAUGACCUUCUGUGUUCUUCGUUGUCUUGAGCUAGCUCUGCUGCCAAGUUCCACAAAGGAUGGUCGUGAGGAAGAGCUAGUGGGCAAUCUUUCAACCAGAGAUAGUAGCAGUCUGUGUCUGCCGUGGGCUUUGCUGGGACACCUUGAGAGCCAGUGACUUUUGCUCUUAUGUUGCAGGUUCCCGUGUUGCUGAGGCCCCAAAGAGUCACUGGUCUGCCUGGGGCCAGCAGAGGGUCUGGGAGUCUUCGCUGCUGCAGGGCAGGUGGGAAGCAGGCAGUCUUUUGUGCACGCCUGACUGGUGGAAGAACUGUGGUGGGAAGACUGAUUUCUUCCUCGAUGCUAGAGGAUUCCCAGACUCCUAUGUUAUCAUUUUGGGCACAAGAUUCUGGACACUUGGGACUGAGCUCUGCCUGCCCAUCUCCCAUUCCCCAAAUGAUGGUUCUCAGGUCCAGCUUGCAUUCUUUACCUGUUCGUCUUUUUUAUAUCACUGUCUAAGCUCAGGUCCAGCCCCCUCAGGAUCAACUCAGCCCCAGUGCUCUGUGCCUGUGGCCAGGCAACCUCACUCAGGAGCACGCAUCUUGGCCUUUCUGGUACCUCAUGUACCGCGAUGUGCCUGUAUGUAGCGUUCCAGAGCUCAUUCUCUCCUCCUGCUGUGCCUUCCAGCUUGGCUUCUAUCAGCCUGGUGGUCCCUCUGUUGACCAAGUGUGAGAAGCAUGGACUGUGAUGCACCCACCUUUCCUCAAAUGUCAUGGAAUGAUCACCUGAUGGUGCAGAGUGUUUGGAAACUGGCGGUGUUCUCCCUGGCUUACCUCCUGACACCAGGACUGGGGCCAGGCCUAGGCCACCUAGACAGCUCCCAAACAUAAGUUGGGGGCCUCUUGUGGGCCCAGAGAACAAUUUCUACAGUGUGUACAAAGGCCCAGGAGGGGUAGGUUUUGGUAUAGGGAGGGGUGGUUAAAGAGAGGGGCCACGUGCCUUAUCCUGUAGUGUAGUCAUGGUUACAUCAGUACGCUUUUUGGAAUAAAGUUUGGUUUGUCUGA